GUUCCUCUGGCCACAUGUGUUUACAGUCAGCGAAAAUGUGGUUUUCAAGUGCUCCGCCGCCUAGUCUGCCAAUCACCCAGGAGCAAUGGAUAAGACAGAUUAUGAGCGCAGAAUCCUGGCUCGAAAAACUUGGCUUUGUGCACGGUCAUCUACGGCCAGCAAACCUCCUCCUCGAUGUACGAGAAAAUAUUCAACCAUGUGACUUCGAUACCACGGUGAUGAUUGGCGAACAGCUGAAUACGAAAACUUCUUAGCAAAAGAGGAGCUGCUCGAAGAAGCAGGAAAUCGGCCAUGCACCUUCAACUGCAACAUAGUCCGUCACCUAAGUUGACUGGAGCGGGAUAAGUGUUUGUUACAUGUGUACAAGCUUUACAAGCUGAAUAUGCAGUUCGCCUUGCACUUCGGCCGUACGAAAGGCCAUUGCAGGCUGUUAAUGAUCAUUCAAAGACAUGCAGGCAAUGUUGGGC